AUGGCGCAGGGCAUGGAGCCUCAGCUGGCUGCCCUCAUACACUUAGCAGGACCGCAAGGGUUGAUCGGAGAGUACUUGCUGCAUGAAUUGCCCGGCUCGGGGAGAAAGCUCUGGGCUAGGGUAAUAGAUGUGGAUCACGCCUCGGGGAAGUUCUGGCUAGAAGACGCAAGGGGUGAGCUUUUGCACAGACUGGUUGACAAGUCGGAGCUCAGUAUUGGCAUAGGUACCAGGUACCCCCAGGACACGCUGCUUACCAGGCUCAGUGAAUUUGGGCUGAGGCAUGAUAUUUUUGAGGUGGCCAUCCCGGGGGCUCCGCCCGGGGCGCCCUUGGGUCAGAUGGGGCAUGCAGACCAGGCUCAGCAGCCGCCUCAGGGGCAGCAGAUUCCAGAACAGCAGCCAGCAAGAAGGGUCAGAAUCCCUGACCCUCCUGCUGUUACGCCGGGAGCUGCAGUGAUCAACGCGCUAACCCCUGGGUUCAUGCGAGAAGCUGACUUGGCAGGGGGAGCAGCCCGCUUAGAGAGAGCCUUUAAAGAAUUUGUGCAAAAGGGCUCCCUGAUCUCCCACAUGGAGGCGGCACUCAGGAAAAUCCCACGCGAUUCGCCUGCGUGGCACACCAAGCUUGAGCAGCUGUUUGAGAUCUAUAAGGAACCUGACCCAAAGGUGGCCCAUCUAAUGGCAGCAGUUUACUUCUACGCGAAUCAGAUCAACUUCGUUUCGCUCGACCUGGAAUACCUAGCGGACGGAUUCGUGUCAGACAUGAAGUUGGCACUAGAAGAAGCCGGGGACAGCAGUGCGUGGUCGGCGGAGACUGUGCGCGACCUGGAGAAGAAGAUCAAAAAGACUUACGAGGAGUACCGCAAAGAAGCGGCAGAGCAAGUGGGAGAAGGACACGCACGCCCUAAUGUCGUGCGCGGCGCAGGAGGAACGGACCCGGCGGCGCCGGCAAAGGCUCCGGUUGGGGGGGCAAGCGAGGCCCUGAGGAUCGCGAGCGCGAUGAUAGAGGAGAUCGCGACAAUCGCGCUCCGGCAAAUAGAUCAGGCCGUAGCGUUUUUCUUCGUUUCUGAGACCGCCGCUGCGGCUCAACCUAAGCUGACCUUUCUGAACCUCGCCAGGGGAACCUCGCCGGACCAGAAGGCCAACGAAACGGCCGGCACACGGCCGGAACCUCCGCAAAAGGCGGGCGGAACGGGUGCACCCGAACGGGUUAGCCCGCGGAUUCGGUGCGAAACAGUCUCGGGACGGCAGGGCGAGGCCCUUCUCACGACAAGCCCCGGCGGAAAUGCGCCGUGCCCAGCGGAGCCCGACGAUAAGCCGCAAACCCCAGCGCACAAGGAAGGCACCAGUCUGCCAAAGCCGCCCGCGCAACCGCCGAGUCCAGAAUCGAUCGCCCCGGAGAUGGAGCAGGACGAGAGUGAACCCGACUUGGUGUCGGACCCUCUCGUGAGAGGGAGCGCAACGGUACUGCAGAAUUGCUCCCACCAGUUCUUCAUGGGUCUUAAAGUAAGGAGUGCGGCCACCCCCGACAAGGAGCAGCUCCGCAAAGCCAUGCGUGAGACUCUGGACUUGGCGCCAGGCCCCAAAACGGGCGAGGAGAUGACGCAGGAACAGAAAGCGGAGAUCGAAGACUGGCUCAAGAACGUCGGGGCGCACGCGUACGACCCGGACCAGUUUGUCGCCGGCAGUUUUGAAAGGCACCUCCCAGCUUGGGAAGAGAUGCUUAAAGAUUCCAAGCGGGAAUCGUCGAAACGGGUCCUCAAAAUGCUCAGGAGCGGCGUCCGGCCGCAAUUCGUGGGAACGGACGAGGCGGACACGAAGAAGCGGGAGCAGGUCCAAUCGAUGCUCGCCCGAACAGUAGGGGCGGCAGAAGUGGACGCGAUGCUGACGGGUCAGGUCCCCCACCCAGUGGAGUUCGACAACCACCGGUCGUUCUACGAUAAUAGCGAGUUCGCCGUUGGGGAGGUGGUUAAAAUGGUGGUCAACAGGACGCUCGAAGUUUACGGCCCCAGUGACGGCAAACCGAAGGUGGUUAACCCGCUGGGGGUGGUAAACCUGCCGAAGGGGCGGCUGGUGGUGAACGCCCGGUACGUCAACCUCUUCUCCAAACGCCAGGCGUUCAAGUACGAGACUCUGAGAGAGGUGCUGACCUUUCUCACAGAGCGGGGCUUCUUCACAACCUGGGACUUCAAGGCUGGAUACUACCACCUCCUCAUCCACCCAGCCUACCGCAAGUACUUCGGCAUCAAGGUUGGCCAUGUGUACAUGCACUACAACGGCAUGUGCUUUGGCUGGUCGGAAGCCUGCUUCGUCUACACCCUGCUGACGCAGGAAGCAGCCAAGGAGCUGCGACUGAGGAGCAUCCCAAUCUCAAGCUACCUCGACGACGGACUAACGGGGACCCUGGACUUUUGGAGGUGUGCUUGGUCGACGGUCCUCGUGGUGAAAACCCUCACCCUGCUCGGCGCCGUGUUCAGCCUGCCCAAGUGCAACUUGUGGCCCCAGCAGGAGGGGCCGUGGCUCGGCUUCGUCAUCGACACAAUUCGGCAAAGGUUCGCGGUCUCCCCCGCCAAGAUGGAGAAGCUGCGCACUGCGCUGCGCGAGCUCGCAGAGUGCGCAGAGGUAACCCCCCGGUUGCUGGCAAGAGUGGCCGGUAAGGUGAUAUCGGUUAGCCCGGCGGUCCUCCCGGCGGCGUUGUACAGCCGCCCGUUCUUUGCCGCCAUCCAGGCGCCUCGACGAGUGGAACGGGUACCCGCGCAGCGGUGGUACCCGCGCAGCAUUGCGGUUGAAGCAGGCUCAGACGCAUUGGAGUCGGGGUUCGGGGGUACAAUUAAGAUCCCAGGAAAGGAGAAGCUGACAGUAGCCGGGGCGCUCUCCGACGAGGAGAAGCGCAUGUCCAGCACGGCGCGCGAGAUGGUCGCGUUCCUCCGAGUGCUGACAGAGGCGCGCGCGCGAGCGGGGGACGCGCUCCAAGGUGCGGCGGUCCUCCUUCUGGGAGACAACCAGGGUGCUGUGCGGGCUGUCAACGCCAUGAACAGCAGGGCGCCGGACGUGAACGAGGCGGUGAGGCAGCUCUUCGAGCUGUGCGUGGAGGCAGACUUUGACAUCAUCGCGCAGUGGCGGCCGCGGGCGGAGAUGCAGGAAGAAGACGAUCUGAGCAAGCACCAGGACAGCUCAGAUUGGGGACUCGGGGAUUCGGAAGUGCGCAGGGUCCUGAGCCACUUCGGGGUGGAGCCGGCGAUCGACCUAUUCGGGUCCGAAACGUGGCAUGUCACGGAGCGAUUCGUGAGCCUGCACCUGGCCCCGGGGGCCCAGGCAGCAGACGCUAUGCGGACCGACUGGAGCGAGCUGCUGGCGCCGGGGGACGUGGCAUGGGUCUUCCCCCCUGUGCGCUUGCUAAGUGACGUCAUCCAAGCGGUGCGGCGGUACCGAACGGACUGCGUCAUCAUCGUGCCUGAAGCGCCGGCCACCAAUUGGUGGAUGGCGCUCCAAAACAUUGGCACGGAGGCCUGCAUGACGGGGCCGCUGGAGCUGCCGCGCAGCGCGAGUAUUUGUACACCCAGCUUCAGAGUUCCACAAGGAACUGUAAACCCAGCGAUGUACAAGCUGAGAGCAUUCGGCAUUAGGUGGUAG